CCCUGACAGCAGCUGACUACACUUUGAACGUUAACCAACAUUAAACCGGCUGCUUGUUUAUCAGCUGUCCAUUGGUUUUGUAACUGAUCCACAGAAUAAUCAAAAGUAUAUAUUAAAGUACUCCAAUACAACCGAAAAUGAUGCGCUACGAGGGUAACGAGCGGCUGGCCGAUGAGACAGCGUGUGCGGGAGUGCGUGCGGAUCUGAAGAUGUGCCUCCUAGAGAGCGAAUGCUGCAAAAUGGGCAAGACGCCUCGCCAGUGCCUCCAGGGAAACAACGUUCCAUCCGAGUGCCAGGUGCUCCGCAACACCUUCUAUGAGUGCAAGCGCUCCCUGUUGGAUAACCGACAGCGUUUUCGAGGUCGCAAAGGCUACUGAGCUUUAAACUUAAAUUAUAUUAUUAAGCGCUUAAAAUACAAAAAAUUACACACAUAA